GUCUCAGGGCUGAAGUCAGACUUCCCUCCCGAGAUUUUAGCUCGUUGCACGUCGUGAAACACGGUCUGCUGUUGCCAUCGUCUUGCGAACUCUGUGUUGAGUAUAUCUGUCUGACGGACCAUGGGAGUCGAAGGCUGCACCAAAUGUAUCAAGUACAUGCUUUUCUUCUUCAACUUCAUCUUCUGGCUUGCAGGAGGGGUAAUCCUGGGCGUGGCCCUGUGGUUGAGACAUGACCCCAAGACGAGCAACCUGCUGGAUAUCGAAUUUGAUGGAGCCCAAGCCCCCAACACCUUCUAUAUAAGUGUCCAUAUCCUGAUUGCUGUUGGUGCAGUGAUGAUGGUGGUCGGUUUCCUUGGAUGCUAUGGUGCCAUCCAGGAGUCCCAGUGUCUAUUGGGAACAUUCUUCACCUGCCUGGUCAUCCUGUUUGCCUGCGAAGUUGCAGCUGGAAUCUGGGGCUUCAUGCACAAAGACACUGUGUCGAGGGAGAUGAUCAACUUCUAUGACUCUAUAUACCAAGAGGCCCUCUCACAAAACAACAAUGACCAGCAGAAGAAAAACACUGCCACCCCUGUGCUCAAGGUCUUCCAUGAGACGCUGAGCUGCUGUGGUAAAGGCGUUGAGGAUGCUUUUAUUUCAGUCAUUAAAGACAAACUCGGCAUGACCAACAUGUGCCCCAGCAGUGGACUUAAAGUGAAUUGCCACCAAAGGAUCCAGGAAUUGUUCUCAGAUAAGAUUUACCUGAUUGGUAUUGCUGCUCUGGUGGUUGCCGUCAUUAUGAUCUUUGAGAUGAUCUUCAGCAUGGUGUUGUGCUGUGGGAUCCGCAACAGCCCAGUGUACUAAGGCGACCGGCUGCCAGCAUACUUGCAAAUGAAGGAAGGACGACCUUGCAGUCUCUGUCUCAUUCAUUUUCUUUUUUUAUAAGCAGGAAACAUCUCCUAUAUUGCUUGCUGGAUUUAGUCAGCUCGUUGAGAAGACAACAUAAACCAUCCUCCAUUGAACAUUUUAAUUACACUGUCAAUGCAUUUUUGUUAGUCACAGAUGCUGUUAAGCAUAUUUGACCAGUGCUAUCCUAACCUGAUAUGUAGAUAUUAUAUCACACUGCGUCACACAAGAAUUACUUUCACUUGUCCUGGUGUUUUAAUCCUUUAGGGAUUCAUUAGUUGUUUACUGCCUUCUUGCCAAUGAACAUGCUCUUAUAUUCUUGGUUUUAUGGAUGUUUUUUCACUGUUUUAUGUAUAAACUGUAUAUAAAUAUAUAUAUUAACAGUGCUUUAUGACUGCAUGAGCAUGGAUAUUACAUUUAAUUCUUCUCCUGUAUUCUUCCUGCACUCUCUGCUUAUUCGUCUUGCCCUAGACUGAACCAGAUGAGGGUGUAUAAGACCGGCACUAGUUAAGCACUAGUGUUGGCCUCACCAUGCCACAGAGUAGAGCAUACAGAAAAAAACUUCCCUGUCCAACAGAUCAUUGCCUUAGUUCGCAUCCACAUCAAAAGUAAGAUGAGAGGCUAGAUACCACUCUCAUGUCUGUAGGCUGAACAUAAAGCUAGAGCCAGCAGGUGAUUAGCUUAGCUCAGCAUAAAGACUGGAAACAAGGGGAAAUGUGUGAUGGAAGUAUUUUUCUCCAGGUGCCGUGACUUCUGGAGUCUUGUCACUGUGAGUUUGCCAGACAACCAGUGGAAACUCACACCUGGCCAAGAAAUAGUUCCAGCAUGUCGCUUCCUUUAACUGUAACUCAUAAUUAAUACCUAACCAUUCAAAUCCCAUAUUAGUACAUUUGUCAGUUUCCCCAAAAAAUGAAGCUAUUCAGGGCUGUUGUAUUAGAUGAGAUAUUACAAGUAUUCAUGUUUUUGUGUCCACUCCCUUUAAGUUUAUUUUUAAUAGUCUCAGGCUAAUUGUAAUGGUAACAUUUGUAGUAGUAGAGGGCAGUGGUGUCACUUAAAUAAUACAGCGUUGAUCACAAAUCAGUCUUAACUGCCUGCUACCACCUGCCAACUGAACUUGCUGAUUAUUUAGUAGAGUGGGGUUUUUAUUCCAACCACAGGCUUGAAAACACUUGGUCCUGAGGACUGUUCCUACUAGAUCCAUGUGCCACUGGCACUAACACAUAACUGCACUGCAACCCAUCAUAAACACACACUCGUCCCAUCAUCUUGUCAUCUCUUGUAACCUUCCAUAUUAUGCGAGCAUUUGUCAACCAACUAAAACCUUGUCUUGUUAACAUUUCAUACUUAAACUGAGAAACAGUAAAAGUGUCUUGUAAUAUUUACAGCUCUGACGUAUUGUACUUAUGAAAAUAAUGAAGGCUGUAAAAAGACAAUGUAUGCCCUUUUUUUCUUUGUAUUGUGAUAUCUUUGUCUGGUACGUCGUCAAAGGAGUCUCAACAGAAAGGGUGGAAGAUUUAGUGGCAGUUUUCCUGACGAGAAGACUAGCUGUGUUUCUCUGACAGUGCUGUCCAUUUUGCUGCCUUUUGAAUUCAGCAUCUGACACUCAGGACACACUGCCACUUAAAUUUUAACCCUUCUCUACUCUUGUAGACGUUGGUUUGCCCAAGUAUAGAGGGAUUAAAUGUAUUUUACAAAUAAA